AUGGCAGACUGUCAUUAUCAAGACGUCCACAUUGGCGCCGCCUGGAUCAGCAUGAUCGAGCCUUCACCAGGCCACGAGAGAUCUUUCAACCGCUGGUAUGCGAACGAUCACUUCUACUCCGGCGGCAUGUGUCUCCCAGGCAUCUUCGCCGGCCGUCGCUGGGUAGCCACCAAAGCGCUCCGUCAGCUUCGAUAUGCCAACACCGAAGACAUGAGAGAUUAUGGCUGUUACCUGCAUACCAAUUUGUUCGCUGCACACUUGGUGGACGAAGUCAACACUGCUCUGAGUAAGACGUUGCAAGAGUUGGGAGGCAAGGGCAGAAUGUAUGGAGAUGCGAUUUUUCGACGACAUAUCUAUACUGCUAUUACGCCUUAUCAAGGUGUUGUGUAUAGCGACUCCGCUGCGGAAGGACCACUGGAUAUUCAUGCCUUGGACUACCCGUUCGAAGGAGUGGUGUUGGAGAUCAUCGAUGCACGAUCUGUAGAGACGCGACCCCAGCUGAUAGGCUGGUUGAAGGAGACCUUUGUACCCCUCAAGAUCAACCAGAGCCCUGCUAUGACUAUGUGUUUGAUCUUUACACAUGCUGAUCUUCCCGAGAUGAUCAAAUCACCACGGCUACCUGAGAAGCUCGAAACUGGAGAUCAGAGGAUUGUGCUGUUAUGGUUUUUGGAGAAAGAACCGAGAGAAUGUUGGACGGGGUUUGAAGGACAUGCAGGGCUUGUAAACGAGAGCGAUCUGGGAGAUGUGGCGUUGGUCGCUCCUUUCAUGCCUACUGUACCAGGUACUGAUAGAUAUGUUGAUGAGUUAGGAUAG